AUGAUGUUUACUGGUAAUUGUCUAUUGUACUUACACAGUAAAAUUUCAACGCUAUUAAGAAAAGAACAACAACAACAACAGCAUUCAAUGUCGGAUAACAAUACUGAUUCAUCCUUAGUUAUUCACGAAAUAUUUGAUCAAUCUCAAUCCGCUAUUAACUGUAAAGAUCAAAUACCAUCUUCUAUUCGAAAUUUUUCAUCUCAAUACGGUUCACAUCGUACUGAGAGUUAUGUUGUAUCGAAUAUUUGUUCUGGUAUCGAAAUAUAUCCCCAUUAUGGCGAUUCACAACGUGCACUCGUAUUUCGAACGUAUGGUCCAUGGUGGAUAAAUACACCUUCUCAUCAAUAUUCAAUCAAACAUUUUACACGUUUUGAACCAUCAUUUACUAGUCGUGAUUAUGUUGAUAUAGAAUAUAAACACCCGGUUUAUAUAGAUUCUCUACAUUUAUAUGAGACAUAUAAUCCUGGCACAUUAGAAGUUGUUUAUGCCGGUUUUGAGGAAAAGUCACAUGUAAAAUGGUUUCGCAUCUGGAAAUUUCCCGAACCAUUUAAAAUCGAAAUAACCGAUAGUGAAGAAAAUUGUGACGAAUUUUCAAUUAUUAAUGGUUUACAAAGUUUUGAAGACAUAUUUCAUGAUCGCCAAGAUAUCUUAAUGUCAUCAAAGAAAAAUAUGUCAGGAAAUGAAUGUGAAUUAGCACAAAUAUCAAAAUUACAUACACGGCAUCGAUAUCCAUCAGCGUCUCGUCAACCACGUAUUGUUAAAAUUCAAUUAGCAGAUAGAAUUAAAUUUCCAUGUAAAUUAAUACGUUUAGAAUUUGAUCAUAGUACAGUGGGUUAUUAUACAGAAAUAGAUACUGUUAUUCUUAUUGGUAGACCAGUAUCAACUCUAAAAGAUACAGAAGAACAAACAAAUAAACCUCCAUUACUUGAACUUUGUGAUAUUAUACCGAAACAGUUAACAGACGACGCUACCAUUACGCCCACAACUGAAACAAAUGAAGAAUGUAUUUCGAAUUUGGGACUAAUUAGAUUACCAUUCGAUAUUUUAUUUACAAUUUGUACAUAUCUAGACUUACGAUCAUUAAUUCGUUUAUCAUCUACUUGUCGUUAUCUUUAUGAUAAAUGUUUACAUCCUUUACAAUUUCAAGCAUUAAAUUUACAACCAUAUUGGUACGGUAUCACUAAUUAUUCAAUUGAUUAUUUUUUUAGUUUAAAAUGUACACAAACAAAAUAUUUAUCAUUAGCUUGGACAAAAUCAAUUAACCUUCAAUCUUUUACCCUUCUAUUAAAUACACAAAAGUUGAUUCAGUUAAAUUUGGCUUGUUGUCAAUAUAUGAAUGAUGAAUACAUUGAUAUUAUUUCAAAACACUGUCAACAAUUAGAAAUUAUUAAUUUAGAAAAUUGUUAUAAUUUAACUAGUGAUGAUUUUAUACCAUUAAAAAAUUUAAAAAAUUUAAAAUCAAUUAAUUUUUAUCGAACAAAAAUUGAUCAUCGUACAUUGAUACCAUUAGUAAAAAAUAAUUAUUUACAUUUAGAAUAUGUAAAUUUAGGUGCUUGUCAACAAUUAACUGAAACUGAUUAUGUUAUUAAAUUAAUAUUUUCAAAAUGUAAACGAUUAAAAACAUUAGAUUUAUGGCGUGCUCAUAGUCUAUCACAAAAUGGUUUUCAUUCAAUUAUUGGUGAACAAUUAAAGGUUGAUGUUAUGAAUGAUGAUAAGGAUAUUAUGAAUGAAUUAUUAAAUGAUUAUUUAACAGCUAGUAUAUGCUAUUUAGAACAUUUAAAAGAACUAGAUUUUGGAUGGUGUGAUAUUCCACCUGAUUUUAUUAAAAAAUUUGUUAAAAAUUGUGGAAAAUCAUUGAUGAAAUUAUUUUUGACUGCAUGUCGUCGAAUAACAAAUGAUGAUAUGAUUGCCAUUAGUGAAUAUUGUCCAGAAUUAAAACAAUUGGAUAUACUAGGCUCACGAAUUAUUAAUGAACAAUCAAUUGAAUUAAUAUUAAAAAAGUGUACAAAGUUAGAAUUUUUAGAUUUAUCAUUUUGUGAUAAAAUUGAAUCUCAAACAAUUGAUACGUGGAAAGAAAUAUAUGGACAUUGUAAAUCAUUCAAACGAAGUUAUCCGCCACGCGUUCCAAUUAAUAAUAUUUGUACAGAAUUUCCUUGA